AUGGCCAAAGGAAAAGGUAAAAAGAGGGAAGCAAAUGAUAGUCAGGAAACUGCCACAGCAGCUAGAGACCACUGCAUAUGGUCUCUUGAUGAUGAAAAGAAGCUAGUUGAAUAUGCAGUUCAACACCAUGCCAAAGGGGGUGAUGGUAUGAACUUCACCAAAUCUUUCUGGGUUAGUGCUGCUACAGAGAUGGCAACAUGCCCAUGUCCUGAAGAUGCUCCCAAGACACCUGAAGCCUGCCAAUCCAAAUGGACUUGGAUCAAAAAGAUGUAUCAGGUGGUUGACAAAAUUGCUAACCAUGCCUCUGGUCUAUCAUUCCACUCAGAAUUGGGAGCAAACAUCACUGCAGAAUCUGAGACUAUGUGGGUGGGCUUUGUUAAGCAUAACCUCUCAGUGAAGCCUUUGAGAAACAAAGGAUGGGCACACAAUGAGGUGCUGUGA